AUGCAGAAGUAUGACCGGUCCUGGGAAAUUCUCCUAAAAGACCUCAUGGAGCUCCAGCUUGGCCAGAUCAACCUUCUGCUAGCUAUGUAUCCUGAUUCUGCAACAGUCGAAGACACCUCGCGACCAAUGCUCGAUGAGCUGGAAGAAUGGUGCAAUAACACCUUGACUCACACACCCAGUGUUUCUCCCAGUGUAUCCAUGCUACUCAACCUCGCCCUGUCAGACGGAAGCCAGGAGCCAGCACCAGCGCAUUCUUUGCAUCUGGAUCUCUCGGUGCCAUUGGCCUAUCGGGUUGAAGACUCGGGACCUCCCAGUGAGCCACCAAAUACAAAAGUUCGGAUACAACAGCCGGCCUGGAUGAGCAAAGCAGAAGCAUCACGACUCGCAGCUGAGAUUCCUGAGGACGAAGACCUGUUCGCCAUCAUCGAGCACAUCAAAGACGCUGUCACCAAACACAUCGAGUCCUCGCAAACACUGCAGGAAGCAGCUUCCCUGGCAAGCGAGCCACUUAUACGAGUAUGGUUCUACUUCCCAUCCAUCAGCACCCGCGCCAAGCGAGACGAUCUGAUCAACCACGCGCCUGGCUACGGCCUCACGGGCUUCCUCUUAGCUGGCAAGCCCGGGCUGCUUUGCCUCGAGGGUGGAUCUAACGCUAUUGAUGAUUACAUGAAGUUCAUCAAAACCGAGAGUUGGGGAGACAUACCGGCGGCUCAAAAAAAGGUCAGUGAGAGGUAUCGGCAGACCGGUACUGGAGUGAAGCGGACUUUUCCCGACAUGCAGGAGAUCACUGAUCAUGUUGGCGAGAGACGAGGCGAGAGAGCUAAUCGGGGGGAUAUGAAGGCUUUGGAGAGCUGGCUUGGGGCUAGAGGAUUGGGAGAAGCUUUUGCGAAGGUCAUCAUGUGA